GUGCUGGCCUAUUUAAGAUUCAUUUCUUCAGCACCUCUCUUCACAUUUUAUACAACUAUGGAAAUUUCCAUACGAAUUAGAAUUGUUAUAUUCAUUCUUUUAGUGCGUGUACAGCAUAUUCAGCCAGCUGAUCAGGCAGAUGCAGAUGAUGUCAAUGUAUACAUAGUAUACAUGGGAGGGAAUAGAUUUGAUCAGCACCUUCUCAAUAGUGAAAUUCAUUAUCAAAUACUAACAUCUGUUCUUGGAAGCCACAAAGCUGCUGCAAUGGCCUUGAUGUACAGCUACAACAAAAGCUUCUCUGGAUUUGCAGCAAAACUGAAUGCAGCCCAGGCCAGGACAAUAUCAACCAUGAAAGGUGUUGUCUCUAUCUUCAAGAGUAGAGUGUUGAAGCUACAUACAACACACAGUUGGGACUUCAUGGGACUGCCUUUGGAUGGUCUAACAAGGAUGCCUAUACAGGAAGCACACCAUGGAGAAGAAGACGUAGUCAUUGGUAUUAUAGACACAGGCAUUUGGCCAGAGUCACAAAGCUUCAAAGAUGAUACACUUCCUCCACCUCCUAGUGGUUGGAAGGGUGUCUGUCAAGGAGGAGAAAAAUUUAGUAAGUCCACUUGCAAUAGAAAGCUAGUGGGUGCACGGUGGUAUGUCAAAGGUUAUGAAGAAGCCAAUGGAUUUCUAAAUACCACAGAAGUUCCAGAAUAUCGUUCAGCUAGAGAUCACAAUGGCCAUGGAACACACACAGCUUCUACAGCAGGUGGAAGUCAAGUAAGAAAUGCAAGCUUUUUGGGUUUGGGUAGAGGAAUUGCUAGAGGAGGUGCCUCUCGAGCAAGGAUUGCAGUAUAUAAGACUUGUUGGGUGGAGGGUGUGUGUUAUGAAGCAGAUAUCCUUGCUGCUUUCAAUGAUGCCAUUACUGAUGGAGUGGAUUUGAUAUCUUUGUCCUUUGGCACAACAACACCCCUGCCUGAGUAUUUUGCCUCAAGUUCAAAUAUAGGCUCCUUCCAUGCCAUGGAGAAGGGUAUUUCUGUGGUAUUUUCUGCAGGAAAUGCUGGCCCUGACCCUGCUUCUGUUUCAAAUACAGCUCCUUGGGUUAUCUCUGUAGCAGCUAGCACUAUGGAUCGUAGCUUUCCCACAUACUUAAUGCUUGGCAAUAACAUGACUAUAAGGGGAGAGGGAGUAAACACUCAGCGGCCAAACGAUACAUUCGUACAACUGGCAUAUGGCGGAACGUGUGGAUCUCGGCUACCAAGAUCCGUUGCAAGAAAAAUAGUGCUAUGCUUUGGAAUCCCUGGGGGCGACAAUAGCUUGGUUGCGGCUGUAAGGGUGUACCUAGCAGGAGGGUCUGCAGUAAUAUUCUCAGAAGUGCCUACCAAAGUGGUUCCAAGUGUCUUAUUUAUACCAGUGGUGUACGUAGAUAUGGAGCAAGGGGCAAAGAUCAGUUUAUAUUACCAGUCAUCUCGGUUUCCUAUUGUUCGAUUGAGUUCAAGUAGAAGUGUUGUGGGACUUGAACCUGCGCCUGUUGUUGCCUACUUCUCCUCAAGGGGGCCUAGCACACUAUCUCCAGACAUUUUGAAGCCUGAUAUAACAGCUCCAGGUGUGAACAUUUUGGCAGCAUGGCCUCCAGUGGUUCCACCUUCAGAAGUAGAUGUUGACACACGUUCUGUGGACUACAAUUUCUUAUCAGGAACAUCCAUGUCCUGCCCUCAUGUUUCUGGAAUUGUUGCUCUUCUCAAGUCAAUUCAUCCAGAAUGGAGUCCUGCAGCCAUCAGAUCUGCCAUCAUGACUACUGCAUAUGUUAGAGAUACAUCUCUUGAGUUGAUAAAAGCUGGAGGAUCUGGAAAACCAGCAAACCCAUUUGAUUUUGGUGCAGGGCAUGUAAAUCCCAUACAAGCUAUCAAUCCAGGAUUGAUAUACGAUGCAGGUCUAACAGAUUAUGUAGUGUUUCUCUGCAGUCUUGGCUACACCCAAAAACAGAUCAGAAGCAUUGUUUCUUCAGCUAAAUUGAAUAUCACCUGCCCUGAAAAAAGUUCUGCUAGUGAUCUUAAUUAUCCUUCCAUUACUGUGUCCAAUUUGGAAUCCACUACCACAGUUAAAAGGACUGUAACCAACGUUGCCCCAGAUGAGAAUUGUGUAUAUGUAGCUGUGGUCUCGUGCCCACCUGGUGUGGAAGUUAUUGUGAAGCCUAAGGUUCUAGUUUUCAAGCCUCAUAUAAAAACUGCUUCUUUCUCAGUAACUCUAAAACCUUUGAAGCACUCGAAUGGUGUCUAUAAUUUUGGAAGACUCGCCUGGAUUAGUCGUGAUCAUCAUGUGCAGAGCCCCAUUGUUGUUCGUGUGAACAACAUAAAGGAUGAAUUCAAGGAUGCUAAGCAACCUAACAAGUCUAAUCCAGAACACCGUGAACAAACUUAUCUCAAAUCUGAAGUCUAUGAUGAUGCCGGUGCAGUAUAGAUGUUCGCCAUAUAUUGUAUUGUGAAAAGUUGAAUUUUAAUUUUAUAUAGUAUUAUAAAAAUUAUUUUGUUGGGUAUUAAAUUUUCAUGUUUAAGAAUUGGGUAGAAUUUUUAUAAUUGUAUUGUAAAAAGUUGAAUUUUAAUUUUAUAUAAAUAAAAAAUAUUUUGUUAGUUUUUAUUA